UAGAGAAUGGAUCAAAAGGGAGGUCAAAAAGUGGGCUUUUUUAUCCAUUGAGAUACACAAAGCGUAAACCAUAUACUGUGAACCCUAAAGAAGCUGCCGCACGCGGAUAACCCAGAUACGCAGAGAAGGGGAAGGAGCCAUAGCAAGGGUCCCAAACCUCCAGUGUAGCAUCUCGGUCGAUCACGUUGCAGUUUAACAUGUCGGGACGGUCAAGCUUCAGUAGGGGUGGUAGGGGAGGAAAAGGGGGUAGGGGAGGAGGAGGGGGACAAGUUCCGCUGGUACAAAAUUAUGGUUCCCCAAUUAUUGAAGAAUAUGAGUCUGAUGAGGAUGAUGAGAUUGAAGCUGACCAGCCUAUGAACGAAAGCCGACCAUACACUCCGGAAGGCCACCAUGAGUCGGCUGCCUCUGCAUUUGGUUCUUACGGUGGUGAAGGAUCGGCAAAUAUAGUGCGCACACCGAUAUCAGUUGAAGACUUUCCUAAGCAAAAAGUUUUGAACGAGGUUAAAAAGAUAUUAGAAGGAUCUUAUACUGGACCAUGGAUUUGUUAUGGAGAUGUGCCUAAGCCUAUUCGUGAACAAUGGUUUAGGGAAUUUAAGCGGAACCACACAUAUCCUCCGGCUGAAGAAUCUGAAAUCCAGCGAGCUUUUAACUCUAGAUGUUCAGUGUGGCUGACGGGUGUCUUUAAUGAAGCCCGUGAUAAGAACAAAACGGUUAAAUGGAUAUCGCCGGUACAUUGGCGGGACAUGCUAGGGCAAUGGGCGUCUCUAAAGUUUAAGAAGAAGUCAGAAACAAAUAAAAAAAAUAGCUCUUCGGCUGGUUGUAGAAGCUCUCCAUAUUGCGGGGGGUCUGUUUCACAAAAAGUGAGAGCGGAACGAUUAGCUCAAAAAUUGGGGAGGACGCCCUUUGCUACUGAGAUUGUCAAAGAUGGGUUCCAAAAAAAAGAAACUAAAGAAUGGAGUGGUCCCCGAGCUCAAGAGAUUGCGGAAAAAGUUGCGGCAGAGAUAGAUCGUCAAACUCAAGACUCUGAAGGGGGCAAAGUGGAUGAAAAUGCUAUUUUUUUUGAAGUUGUAUCUCCCAAAAAAGGAAAAAUAUUUGGGGUGGAUCCUUUUACUGUGGCAGCUUUGCGCAAUGGUUCAUUUCCUCCCACUUCAUCUCAACAGACGCAAUAUGUGAAAGCUGCGGAUUUCGAAGCUUUUAAAACGACGGUGCUGGAUAAAAUGGACCAGAUACUGGCGACGCGGGGCAUAGGUCCUACUAAUGGGUCUACCACUCAUUCGGCUCCAAAUAUUACACAAGGUUUCAUGUCUGACCUUCACUCAUCUAUGUUUCCUACGGUUCCAUCAAGGAUGACACACAAUCUGCACUCACAACCCGUUCCUUAUUAUCCAACAAUGUACACGAAUGGUUACGUGUCGGGACAACAACCUGUGUCGCUUCAACCAUCCAUGCCUUCUCAAGUGCCAUGUCAAUUCAUUCCUCUACAAAAUCGUAAUAGCACUUCUCUAGAUGACACUUUCCUCAACAAUUUCCUUGCUGGAAAUGAGGGAGGCAAUCAAGGUGGUGGAGAAUGAAGAAGUAUUUGCGGUUCAAGUUUUAUUUAGUUAUGUAAUGAACAAUCUUUACGUUUAUUUGUCGUUUAUUUGUCAUGCUUUUGCUUUGUAUUAACUCUGUUUUUGUACACUCUUGAAGUGGUAUUUCAUGGAUCGUUUUCAAAUUUACUUGUGCAUUGACAGUAUUUCACUAUUUUGGUGACACUUUCUGGAUGCUACAGUACAAAAC